AUGGAAAUUCACUCGCUCAUCAACACGGCUUCAUUGAACCAGCAAAGGCAAUUACCCGGUUUAACCCCGCCGCAAUCGCCUCAAGAUGGUGAGCUGUCGUCGCUCCCUCAGCAGAGCCAGUUUAGGCAGAGCUCCACUAGCUUUGCCCAAAAGACACCAAAUUUUCAAUUCAAAUUGCCCCCCAUACAAUCAAUGCUCGACAACAUUGCCCAGAACGAGUCACAGGGUGCUUAUUACCCUCAAUUCCAGUCGUCAGCGCUGCCUUUGUCGCCAUUAUCGUCGAGAUCACCUUCAGUUGUAAGUGUUUCGAGGCAAGAGCAAAGUCUCCAGCCACAAAAUGCGCCACAUCCUGGAUCGGAAAUGGGCUCGUUUCCUGCUCAUGAAUAUCCGGCACCUCAGAAACCGCUAAUUCUGAUUUCCUCCCAGAGAUCGUUCUCCUCCAACCAUCCUUCAUCCAAGAAAAAGAGGUCUAAUUUACCAAAAAAGACCACAAUGAUACUGCUGACUUGGCUUAAUGAAAAUCUGAAUCAUCCUUAUCCUUCGUCAAAACAGAAGAAUGAGCUGAUCUUCCAAACAGGACUAAGCUCACAGCAGCUGUCAAACUGGUUCAUUAAUGCCAGGAGGAGGAAGAUCAGCUUGUUGAGGGAAAUCAGAAACAACACAACUGAAGCAUAG